AUGCAUUAAAGACCAUAUGAAAUUGGUGCAGACUUUGGAAUUGCAUCAUAACCUACUAAAAAGAAUUCUGCUAUACUGGAGAAUUUGGGGGUUUCCAAUAAUGAAUUAGAAGGAGUGCAUAAAAUUCAAUUACAAAAAUUAUUAAAAUUGGAUCUAUCGUUUAAUAGGAUAACAGGGCUAAUAUUGGGAAGCAAAUUAAUUUAGCAUUUGAAUUUAGAAAACAAUAAAUUGCUUAAAAUUGAUUUCCUCAAUAACCUUAAAGACCUGAGAUAUUUGAAUCUAGGAGGAAAUCUAAUAGAGAAAAUAGAUUUUUUGGUUUUCAACGUUUAAGUAAGAUUUUCGUAAUUACUAUCUUAGUUGGAGGAAUUGAAUAUUAGAAGAAAUAAAAUAUGUACUUUAAAGGGAUCAUUCAGUAAUACAAAAAAAUUGAAGAUUCUUGAUGCUAGUAAUAAUCGAAUUAGUGAUACUCAAUUUAUUGAUACAAUAACUGAAUUGGAAGAACUGAAUCUAUCUUACAAUUAGAUUAGUGUGUUGAAAAUUGAAAACUAGAAUGAAAAUCUUAAUAUUCUGGAUCUUAGUUAUAAUCAGAUAGAUGACUUAAGAGUGUUAGAAUUUAAGUUCCCAUAUUUGACUAAUCUAUAUGUGUAAUCAAAUUAGAUCUAUGCAGAAAACUGUGUUGACUUUUUAAAAUUGAUGUCAAAUUUAAUCGAUAUCCAGUUUCAAGGAAAUCCAUUUUCUAGUCGGGAAUACGAAGACAAAUUCAUAGUUGAUUGUCCUUGGUUGGAAUUGAUUAAUGGUAGAGAAGUAGGCAAACCUGGUCAAUACAUAAAAUAGGAAGUGAUAGCUUUGAAGGAGAAAUUGUAGGAAUUGGAUAUAGAUGUAAAUAAUUAUCAUAUGUCUGAUUUGGAUAAUGAAGAGGGCAUUGUAACUGAGGAGAGGCUAAAAGCCAUACUUAGGGUUCAGGGAUUCUAGGAUGAUGAAGAUGAAAUUGUUAACAAAAUAAGUGAUGAGGACUAGAGGGAUGAAAAUAUUAUGGCUGAAACUGAAUUCAUCAAAUUUGUCACAGAAUAAAAUGAAUAGAUGGACAAUAUAAGAGCUUAGUAUUUGAGAAGGCUUUUGAAAACUUAAUAAUCAGAGUGUUCUACUCAAAGAGGUAAUUAGGAGGAGCAGUUCCUCUAAGAUUCCUAACUAAAGUAAUAGAUUGUUGAGGAUUCAAACGAGUAGGCAGUUGUUGAAAUAAACCAAGGGAACAAGGAGACAAUUGUAAAAUAGAAACUAUUAAUAAGAUCAUUACCUAAACCAUAAAAGAAGCAAUCUAUUCUUUCUGAGAUUAGUUAAUUGAAACAAAACAUGAAAUCAAAAGAGUUUUAUUAAUCCUUAGGUUUUAAUCAACCUCAAAAUAGAAAUCGAGGUGCUUAGCAGAGAAUGAACCUGUCUUCUGAAAAUUUUAAUAAAUCAUCGGAGAUUCGAAGCAGUUCGAGUCGUCCUCAGAUGUCUAAUUCAUAAUUGAAGUUACCUAAAAUUUGA